UAUUCUUCAUAUUUUUCGAUGUAACAAUGGCCUGGGGUCUACCGAAACUCCCGGGCCUUGUAUUCUCUGAUCCAACGAAGACUCAACACCACAUACGUAGUUCACUGCGGUAUUAUCAAGGUCACAGGUUUCCUGAUACGCUCAUCCGAGGACCAGGUGGAACAGCUACUGACGUGGAUAGCAACGCAUUCGCUUUACCUGAUGAUUCUGUCAACUACGAUCCCUCUCUAACUUACGGACGCGUUAAGCAGCCAGCUCUGCCUGCAGUGAUUCCUCACUGGGUCCACUACGACAAGAGAUGCCUUAACUUCACGGCUUUCUUCAAGCAGACAGUCUACGAAAACCCAGAUGAGAACUACCGCGUUCGAGUUGUAAAUAUCGUUUAUUUUCUCGAAGAUGAUACAAUGACGGUGAUGGAGCCCCGAGUCAAGAACUCGGGAUUAUGGCAAGGAAGGUUAGUGAAUCGCGGUAAGAUACCCAAGAACGACCUCGGCGAGUGUUGGCACUGGAAAGAUCUGGAUAUCGGCAAGGACAUCUGCAUCUAUGGCAAAGUGUUUCACACGGUCUCUUGUGAUCUCUUUACUAAGGAGUGGCUUGAGUCUCAAGGCAUAGAACUAUCAAAGGAGGAAGAAUUACCUGUGGAUUCUUACACUCAGAGGGAACGCUGGAAAUCUGUGCAGCCACCAAAAAUAAGUAAAACACACGACGAUCGAUUGAGAAGAUUUCUGGAAUACGAAGGAAAAGUAUUGACGUUCAACGUAGUAUGGGAUAACAGAGACGCUGAAUACGGAGAGCUCACUGAAUACAAAAUGUUCUACUUCUUGCAAGACGAUACCAUCGCUGUUAAGGAGAUACACGAUGGUAGAGGUGGAAAAGAUCCUUUCCCUCUCCUUUUGAAGAAGAGAAAACUACCCAAAGUGUGGAAGGAGAGACCAUCAUCAUUCCCAUCGAUUGCUAUGGAAACUACAGAGGAGGAAAUAACCGAGUUCUAUUCGCCGAGGGACCUGAUUGUGGGAGAAACUGUGUUCGUUCUCGGCCGCCGUUUCCUGAUUUUCGACUGUGAUAACUUCACUAGAAAAUAUUACAGGACAAUGCUGAACAUAGAACAGCCCUCUCGCAUUGAGGUUCAUCACGAGACGAAGAAGGAAUUUCCCAAGAGUAUUCCUCCUCAUAUUGGUAUCGGUACUCCAGAGGACACGUUGCAGUCUUGCUACGGUCUAACACCUAAACCUCCUCACAAAGAUGUCAUCAAAUACAACCUUAAUGCUAACAAGUACCUACGCUACCUCUGUGAACUGGACUGGAUACAUCCAGAGGACAAAGACCGUCAGUUUGUCCUCUCGUACAGUCUCGCAGACGGUACCGUGAAGAUUGGAGAAAUACCACGACGUAAUUCAGGAAUACGCGAAGGAAAGUUCCUGAAGUCGAUGCGUUUGCAAACGCCAGAAUCGGACCCUAACUUCCCUACUUACUAUACCCCAGAUAGAUUUUAUAUCGGCGCUAUAGUUCCGGUCUUCAAGCAUCGUUUCAAAAUAGUCGGUUGCGAUCUCUUUGUAUACCGCUACAUGAGUGCAAAUCCGGACAAGUUCCCGCAAGAAGUCAUUGAUAAUAUACGUAACUACCACAUGAGGGAGGGCAAUUUGAAAGAUGAGCUCGAGGAGGCAGUUCGUGAGGAACAAGCAGAAGAAACAAGAGCACGCCUGGCGAAGAUUGGACAAGCGGCUGUGGCGGAACCAAGCGCUAUGGAGCGCUGUCUCACCGCACUCGAUGUGGUCGAAGGCAGCGCCACGCCACCUCGCCCACCAACACCACCCAUGACAACGGACCGUAUCUCCUACGAUGACUCCUUGCGCAUGAUGAGACUGAGUAAACCAACAUGCGACAAUGUAGUGCCUUUAAAGGGCAUUCUCAAAUCGAGUGCUGCUCGUGAUGAUCAUCAGAAAAUGGUGUGCUUCAGUGGACCAGCUCCAGAAGAAAGACAAGAACCCACCAAGCAGAUAACCUACCCUCCUGGUCAACAACCACAUUAUAAUGAAGACGAGGAUUUCUGCGAGAAAUAUAAAGAUGCGGACGCAGCGGAACGUGCAGAGCGUCGUGCUAGAGAUAUCUGCCCGUACGAAAUUAUACCAAGUGAGCGACUUCAAAACGCAACCGAUGAAGAAGUUAUGGUAAAACCCAAGUUACCAGGAUACCUUGGGUCAUAUGGCGUGGAUUGUAAGGAGAUUCCUGACUACAUGCGUUUACAACCCGAUGCCUACGAUAAGAUUAAGGAUCUACGUCGUGAGGUGCCGGUGAUCUCGCCCGCGGCAGCACGCUCUGCGGCCUACCCGCAAAAACCGAUGCCUCCGUUGGAGGCCUGCGCGAUUCCUCCGCCCGUCAAACCAUGUAUGGCGAGGACCGAAGAAGACGUUUCCUUUGCUUGCCCUCAUGAGGAGCCAGGACUGCCCUGCUGCGAUCCUGACAAACGCGUCCAGUAACAUGUCUGUUUUUUUAAAAAAUAAAAACUCUUUUUAUU